UUCAACCCAACCAUUCUAUAUUCAGAAUAAAUAAUUCAUGGAUCCAUCCGGCCCAUGAAUGAUUUACACAUCUACUUUACCCUAAAUAAUAAUAGGAAUCAAACCAAUAACCUACUGUUUCAACCCCCAACACUUUGUUGUUAAGCUCAAACUAGAUAUUUCCAGAUCAGAGUUACUAAUUCUAUUGAAAUAUGACCCAAUGUCCAGUCCAUGAAUGAUUCACACCUACUUCAGAUGAUAAAUAGCAGCCUGCAAUGCUCAGUUUGCAUUGGUGAGCCUCAGUGGACAAACACUACUGACCGAAACAUUUACUUCUCGUUGUUUGAUUAUUUUACUCAAACAUGGGUUUUCAACUCUUUGGUUAUAUUUUGACCAUCGCUGGAUUAUGUGGCCUGCUUAUAGGCACAUUUACGAAUGAAUGGAAAAUCAGCGGACACGACAAUGACAAGUCUGUGAUUCUGGUGAAAUAUGAAGGACUGUGGAUGCAGUGUUCAGUCGACAGUUCGUCGCAUGUUCGAUGCACCAAUUUUAAUUCUCUCCUUCAUCAAACUUGUAAGUAUCAGUCAUUUACUGUAUGGAUGAAACAGACAUUCGGUUUCUUAUAUGCAUGUCUUCUUAUAUGUGUGCUGUGUGCUUGUUGUAGUUGAAAUUCGGAUGAGUCGAGUAUUCAUGAUCAUCAGCAUCGUGUUGUCAAGCUUUGCUGUUCUGGUAGCUGUUUCUGGACUCAGAUGCACAAAAUUUUUAGACGACAAUGAGACGAUGAAGGACAGAACUGCCUUCUUUGGAGGAAUCCUCUCUGUGUGUGGUGGUCUAUUUGCUUUGGGAAUAACCAGCUGGUUCACUUAUUUAAUUGUCGAUGAUUUCUACCAGAAGGACGAUGACAAGGAUAAGUAUGUUAUCGGCAAAUCUCUGAUUGGUGCGUUUGUCGCAUCUUUGCUUUGUUUAUUCGGAGGUGUGUUUUUAUGCACCUGCAGCGUGAAGAGUCUGAGAUCCAACAAUAAGUUCAGCCAGCACCUGGUCUCCAAAAAUCCUGAAAAAGACUACGUUUAAUGCUCCUGAGAUGAUCUGAAUGACUAAACCUUAAUUUGAACAUCACACACUGGUUAGGGAUUAUAAAUAUACAUGAAUUGUAAUAGACAGAUAAGUAUAAAUGUAUGUUGCAUUGUGCUGAUAUGACCUAAUGUUCUGAUGUGUUUUGUGUGUGUGUGUGUGUGUGUGUG